AUGCGAUGCAGCGUGGCCGUGUGCGCCGCGGCGUGCCUUGCGCUCGCUGCGGCCCCUGCGCGCGCCGCGCUCGAGUCGUUUGACGAGGCGCUGACGCUGAGCCCCCUCGUGGGAGGCCGUGUCCACGCCGCGUUUGCGUUCACGCUCGCGUCCGACCGUGGCUCGGUGCACCACUUCGGCAAGAUGCCGCGCGCGCUCCUGCAGCCCGUGGCCUCGCUGGGCGUGCAGGACAUGCACCUCUCGCUCGCCAAGGGGCGCUGGCUGUACAGCGAGUGGGGCUCGCCGGCCGCCGACGACGCCGGCGACGAGGCCGUGGCGAGCGGCGCCGAGGUGUGGGCCGCCAUGUCCAACGACACGGACGUGUGGCCGCGCUGGCGCAUGCUCAUGUCGGCGCUCGCGAGUCUCUCGUGUGCGUCGCUCGACGCCGUCGACGAGGCGACGACCGUCCAGCCGCAGUGGCCGUACUUUGGGCCACAGCCCGUCCUGCACAGCUACCUGCCGUCGGAGAGCGUGUGCACAGAGAACCUGUCGCCCCUGCUCAAGCUGCUCCCGUGCAAGGGCGGCGCGGGCCUCGCGAGCCUCCUGAGGCCGCAUGCGCUCCUCGGGGCCGAGUUCCACAGCAUCGGGCUGCGUGCGACGCAGGCGCAGGGCGGAUGGACCGUGCAGCUGCGCGUGCAGAUGGUGGCGCGCCCGCCGUCGGUGAACGAUACGGCAUGGACUCUGCGCGACCUGUUCGGCACGGCGCUCACGACGACGUGCCCGGCCGCGUCGACGAGCCACAUCCGCGUGCUGAGCGGCACGCCGCCGCUGCCGCCCGUGGCGCCUGCCGUGGCCGACGACGACGACGACGACGACGAGCCACUGCCGCGCACCGGCGCGCUCGCAGCGUACACGGCGCCGCAGGCCACGUACCUGUACGACACGCGCUCGCUCGCCGACUACGGCGACGCGCUCAACGUCGAGCUCGUGGCGCCCGCCUCCCGGUCGCUCGCGCGGGUGCCGCCGCUGCAUGCGGCGCGCCAGGUGCUGGGGUACGGCCAGGAGCGCAACACGGUGCGCGUGAUUCUGCGCAACACGCUGCCGGGCGAGACGGUGAGCGUCGUCUACUACGAGCAUGUGCCGCGGAUGGUGCGCCCGCUGCUGCACACGCUGCGCACGCAGGUGCAGCUGCACGAGUACGACGAGCGCGACGACCUCGUGCGGUACAGGGACGACGUGGAUCUGCCGUUCCUAGAGAACGCAUCGUAUGUGCCGGCGGAGGUGCGCCGGCGCAGCGGCUCGCUGGAGCUUGUGCUGCGUGUGCCUGCGCUGAGCACGCUCACGCUCACGUACACGCUGGAGAAGCACAUGCUGCACUACAACGAGCACAUGCCCGACUCGCACCGCGGGAUCGACCUGCCGCCCGCGCUGUUCCUCCCGCUCCACGGCGCGCGCCCGUGGGCCGACGUGCACCGCGGGCUCGACGUGCACCGCGUGCAGGCGUCGCGCAUGUACACGGAGCCGAGCCUCCUGGACAUGGCCGUCCCGGACUUUUCGAUGCCCUACAAUGUCAUUCUGUUCUACUCGACGUUUGUGGCGCUGUUCUUCGGGAGCCUCCUCAACCUCCUCGUCCGCCGGUACCGCGAUGUCUACCGGCAGGGCGACGAGCGCCCUACGUCGCAUACGACUCGGUGA